GCAAGAGAAAUAAAAUUCUCUUAUUACUUCUCUCUCCAAUAUCUCUAUCAAGCACACCCUUACUCACUUAACUCCUUCCCAAAGUAGAUGCCAUAACAUAUAAAUUAAUUCAAGAGUGUUGUAAUCCGAAAAAACCUGUUACUCUUUACUGUACAUUUUCUUCUCAGCGUUGACUUCAUUUCAAGGAAUUGAUGGAUUCUCCUUCUUUUUCUUCUCCUCCUUCUUCUCCUUCUCCAUCUUCUUUAUCCUCCAAUUCCCGAUUGAUGCACGAUGUGUUUAUCAAUUUUAGACGAGAAGACACUAGCAAAACUUUCGUUUCUGAUCUCGAUGUUGCUCUCUCCAAAGCCGGAGUCGAAUCAUACAUCGAUUAUCACCUCCACAAGGAAACCGAUCUGGAUUCUGAACUACUGGGAGCAAUAGAAGAUGCUCGUAUAUCUAUCAUUGUCUUCUCCAAAAAUUAUGCAGAAUCUAGCUGGUGUCUUAACGAGCUGGAAAAAAUUAUGGAAUGCCGCAAAAUUCUUGGCCAAUUUGUUGUCCCUGUGUUUUAUGAUGUUAACCCUUCCGAUGUUCGUCGCCAGAGGGGUGAUUUUGGACAAGUUUUGAGGGAUACUGCAAAAGAAGUAUACUUUCAUUCAGAAGGAGAAGAAAAGAUGGAAAAUGUGUUGUCAAAUUGGAGCACUGCACUCACCGAAGCUGCUAAUUUGUCUGGUUGGCAUGUCCCCAAUUACAGGUAUCAAGAUGAACUAGUGCAGCAAAUUGUUGAGGCUGUCUUGAGAAAGCUGCAAAGAGAAUCUUUGUUUAUUGCCUCAUUUCCAGUUGGACUGGAGUCCUAUGUGGAAGAAGUGACUGACAUUAUAGAAAAUCAUUCUGGCCAAGUUUGCUUGAUAGGGAUCUGCGGAAUGGGUGGAUCUGGUAAAACAACUGUGGCCAAAUCCAUCUAUAAUCAAAUUCAUUGGAAUUUUAUGAAUAGAAGUUUCAUUGCAAAUGUUAGAGAAGUUUGUGAGGAAAAUAACGGGAUUAUUCAGUUACAACAACAAUUACUUUGGGAUAUCAAGAACAAAAAUAUGAUGAUAGAUAGCAUUGAAUCAGGGGAAAUGAUGAUCAAUGAUCUUCGUGGCACUAAAGUACUCGUUGUACUCGAUGAUGUGACCACAUUUGAACAGCUAAAAGCGCUAUGUGCAAAUUUUAGAUUGUUUGGUCCAGGAAGUGUAUUCAUUGUUACUACUAGAGAUGCAGGCCUGCUUAAGCUCGUUAACGCGGACUAUGUCUGCACAAUGAAGGAAUUGGAGGACGAUGAGUCCCUUGAGCUUUUCAGCUGGCAUGCUUUUAGACAGCCUAUUCCAAAGGAAAAAUUCAGGGAACUCUCGAGGAAUGUAGUUGCUUAUUGCCGAGGAUCACCAUUGGCUCUUGAAGUCCUUGGUUCUAACUUAUAUGAGAGAAGAAAAGAAGAUUGGAAAAAUGUGCUCUUAAAAUUAGAAAGAAUUCCCAAUCAUCAACUGCAACAGAAAAUGAGACUAAGCUUUGAUGCUUUAAUGGAUGAUAUGCAAAAGGAUAUAUUUCUUGAUAUAUGUUGUUUCUUUAUAGGUAAGGACAGAUCCUAUGUUACAGAAAUACUAAAUGGCUGCGGAUUUUAUGCUGGUGUUGGGAUAGCUGUCCUCAUAGAGCGGAACCUUGUAAAAAUUGAGAAAAAUAACAAGCUUGGAAUGCAUGACUUAAUAAGAGACAUGGGAAGAGAAAUUGUCCGCGAAAGUUCAGCUAAAGAGCCUGGGAAGCGUAGUCGAUUGUGGUUUCACGAGGAUGUACAUCAUAUUUUGACCACAAAUUCUGGAACAGAAGUUAUAGAGGGACUGGUUUUGAAGUCGGAAAGUACCAUGAGAGUUCGCUUCAAUACUAAUUCUUUCAAGAAGAUGAAGAAGCUCAGACUUCUACAACUUGAUGGUGUUGACCUCAAUGGAAAUUAUGGGAACCUUUCUAAAGAACUGAGAUGGCUUCAUUGGCGAGGAUUUACCUUGAACUAUAUACCUGAUGAAUUUUAUCAAGGAAAUCUAGUUGUUAUCGACUUAAAAUACAGCAAUAUUGAAAAAGUUUGGAAUAAAACCCAGGUGCUUGUGAAUCUAAAAAUUCUCAAUCUUAGUCAUUCGAGAUACUUGAAAAGAGGCCCAGACUUUUCAAAAAUACCAAAUCUUGAAAAGCUCAUAAUGAAGGAUUGUCCAUCUUUGUCCAAAAUACACCCAUCCAUUGGAGAUCUCAACAAUAUUCUUCUGAUAAAUUUGAAGGACUGUACAAGCCUUAGCCAUCUUCCAAAGAAGAUGUAUCAACUGAAAUCUUUGGAAACUCUCAUCCUUUCGGGUUGUUCAAAGCUUGACAAGUUGGAAGAAGACAUAAUGCAAAUGGAAUCCUUGGUGACGCUGAUUGCAGACAAUACAGCUGUUAAAGAAGUGCCCUUUUCAGUAGCAAGAUCGAACAUCGAUUAUAUAUCCCUAAUUGGAUAUGAAGGACUCUCACGCGAUGUUCUUCCUUCUCUCAUUUGGUCUUGGAUGUCACCAACCAUGAGGUCUCUUCCCUAUAUUUCCCCAUUUAGGAACAUUACAUAUUAUCUAGCUUCUAUCGAUGAACAGAAAAAUAACUUGGGCUUUCUAUCACCAACGGUUAGCAACCUUUUACAACUGAGAAUAAUAGGGGUACGAUUCUGCUCAAAGAUUCAACUUACUCAAGAGUUACGAAGAAUUCUUGAUGAUCAAUAUGAUGUUAGAUUUACCGAAGUGGAAACAUCACAUGCACCACAAAUCUCAAAUCUUUCCCUGAGAUCACUUUUGAUUGGAAUGGGAAGUUUCCACAUGGUUAUCGAUACUCUUAGCAAGAGCAUAUCACAGGGAUUAACAACCAAUGAUUCUGGUGAAUAUUUCCUUCCGGGGGACAAUUAUCCUUCUUGGUUAGCCUAUACAAGUGAAGGAUCUUCCGUACAUUUUCAAGUGCCUGAGGAUAGUGAUUUCUGCAUGAAGGGAAUAACUUUAUGUGUUGUUUAUUCAUCAACAUCUGAAAACAUGGCUGCUGAAUGUCUCGCCAGUGUUAUUAUAAUUAACUACACUAAAUUCACCGUUCAUACAUACAAGCGAGAUACAAUAAUGUCCUCUAACGAUGAAGAUUGGAAGAACGUAGCAUCAAAUCUAGGACCUGGCGACAAUGUGGAGAUAUUUGUAGCUUUUGGGCAUGGGUUGAUUGUUAAGAAGGCAGCUGUCUAUCUAUUAUAUGACCGGUCAAUUACUAUGGAAGUUUCUGCUGAUGAGAAAGACGGUUCGAUGAAUGAUGUUGUUCCUAUGUUUGGUUUGUGGAGUUGUGAUUAUAAAAAGGAUGAAACAAGUAAAAGAUACCAGGAAAUUCUGAAUCAAUCAGAGAAAGCUGAUGAGAUAGAGGUUUUGGGGAAUGAUGUUUACGGCAACAAAAGGUUGGCUUCUGCAGCUGCAGCCUCUCAUGAACAUGGACAGAUUUAUGGUGUUAUGGAUGAGUUGGAAAAACUUAAGAGCUCUGUUGAAUGCUUAAGAUUUGAGCUCCUUGAUGCACAGGAGAAACAGGAACAAUAUUAUGUUGUGCAAAGAAGGCUCGAAGAUGUGCUUCAUCUUGCAGAUGACUUACUAGAUGAGUUUGUUAUUGAAGGUAUGAGAUACAAAGUGAAUGCAGGUGAUAAGAAAAAGAUGUCACGGGUAUUUCGUUCAUUAUCUUUGAACCAUACUUAUCUUCGCCGAACAAUGGUUCCUAAAUUUGAAAAAAUAAAAAAAAUGUUUGAUGAUGUGGCGGCAGAAAUAGCUAAGUUGAAUUUAAGCCCAAAAGCUGCGGUGAUUAAGCAAACUGACAGCUUAAGGAACAAAUCUAUUUUGUUUUUGUUAGAAUCAGAUAUCGUUGGAAGAGAAGAUGAUAAAAAGGAAAUUAUAAAUCUCUUGAGGCAACCACGUGGAAAUAUAUCAUCCAUUGCUAUUGUUGGUAUGGGAGGUAUAGGCAAGACAGCUCUUGCUCAGUUCGUAUAUAAUGAUGUGGAAGUGCAAAAUCAUUUUGAAAAAAAAAUGUGGGUAUGUGUAUCUCGUAACUUUGAUGUCAAGACUAUUGUGAAGAAAAUGUUGGAGUCAUUAAUCGAUUGCAAAAUUGAUGAUAAGUUAUCCAUUGAAUACAUACAACAUAAACUUCAUGAAAAUUUAGCUGGUGAAAGGUAUUUGUUAGUCUUGGAUGGCAUUUGGUAUUCUAAUCAUGAAAACUGGACUCAAUUGAGAACUUAUUUGAUGUGCGGUGCUGAAGAUAGUAAGGUUUUAAUGACAACUCGUGAUAGCAGUCUGGCAGAGAGACUGGAAGCAAGCGACCUCUAUUUUUUGAGUGGUUUGACUCUAGAUGUAUCUUGGAGUAUUUUAAAGAAAAUGAUAUUUAGGAAUGAAACCAAUGGAGUGGAUCAAAAACUUGAAUCAAUUGGUAAACAAAUAGCAGAAAAGUGCAUGGGACUUCCACUAGCAGUUAGAACACUGGGCGGCCUAUUACAGUGUAAAAGUGAAGAAACGGAAUGCAUGGAUGUCUUACAAGGAGUGUUUUCGGAAUUAGCCGAACACAGAGAAAGCAUCAUACUACCAAUCUUGAAAAUGAGUUACCAAAGUUUAUCACCUCGGUUAAGACAAUGUUUUUCUUAUUGCUCUUUAUUUCCUAAGGAUUGGGAAAUCGAGAAGGAUCUAUUGAUUCAACUUUGGAUGGCACAGGGUUAUCUUCAAUGCUCAAAUGAAAAGGAACUCAUGGAAGACACUGGUGAAGAAUUUGUGAAGAUUUUCUUGAUGAGGUCAUUUUUCCAAGAUGCAAAAGUGGGUGAAGAUGGUGAUAUAGUUAGUUUCAAAAUGCAUGAUUUAAUGCAUGAUCUUGCAAUGCAAGCAGCUGGCAGUGACUGUUGUCACUUGGACAGUGUAAUAAAAAGCCGUGUACGAAGAGCCAUGCAUGUAUCGCUGGAACCCAAUGCAGUUCAUUUGUUAGACUCAUUUGAUGGAAGCAGGUUGCGAACUUUGAUUUUGCUGUCUUCCGAUGAGGAAUUGAAUGAGGAUGAAUUGUCAGUCAUUUCAAAAUUCGAACAGUUGCGUGUCUUGAAGCUGUCGAAUUGUUCUUUAAGCAAGUCUUCUAGAUCAAUUGGAAAAAUGAAACAUUUAAGAUAUCUUAACUUGUCAAAUUGUAGAGGACUGGGAAGUCUUUACAAAUCCUUGAGCAGUCUUGUUUUGUUACAAACACUAACAUUGACACCUAAUGAAAAAGUGGAGCUUUCUACAAAGGUUGUAUCAAAAUUGAUCAAUUUGAGACACCUUCACAUCUCUGAUUGGGAAGCCUCCAGAGAUAAGACACCAUUUGGAUUUGUAAAACUGAGCAUUUGGCAGCAUAAGAGGAUGAAUUUUUCAAGGUGGCUUUCUCCACUGACAAAUAUUGUUGAAAUAUCUUUCUUUUUGUGUGGAAGUCUCCAGUUUCUCCCACCAUUGGAGCGUCUCCCGUUCCUUAAGUCACUUCAUAUAGGUUUCCUUGAAGAACUGGAGUACAUAUAUUAUGAACAAGAUUUUUCUUCAGUGUUCUUUCCAUCUCUAAAGAGCCUCUCUUUGCAGUUUUGUUACAAGUUGAGGGGAUGGAGGAAGAUGGGAGAUGAUUUCAAUAAUACUAACUCUUCACAAAAUCUCUUCUUGCCUGCCUUUCCUCGUUUGUCUCAAUUAUCAAUCAUAGGAUGUUUGAAGUUGACUUGCAUACCUGCCUUUCCAAAUCUUGAAAUCGGAUUGGAAUUGUAUGAUAGUAGUGUGGAAACAUUGGUAACAACACUGAACAAGGAAGCAUUGAAUGGCUUCCCUGCUCUUUCCAUGCUCAAAUCCUUGCAUAUUGACGGAGUGAGCCUGGAUGUGAAAAGUAUCCCGAGUGAUUGGAUGAAAAAUCUCACUUCUCUCCAGUUUCUUCAUAUUAAUUGGUUUUCAUCUCAAACAUUCCGGGAUACAGAAACUUGGUUUGAGAACAACUCCGAGUGUCUUCCUUCUCUACAAAUAAUUGGCUUUCAUAAUUGUGAAGAGGUAGAGGUAUUGCCUGAUUGGAUCUGCAACCUCUCAUCGCUUCAGCAUCUGAAGAUGCAUGAUUGCAUCAAUUUAGCAUCACUGCCCAAUAGAAUGUCCAGUCUAACCAACUUACAGACCCUAGAAAUCAUUGGAUGUCCCCUCGUAGUUGAAGAAUGCCAGAAACAAACGGGUGAAACUUGGGACAAAAUUUGUGAUACGCCUUUAACGCAUGUGUAUGAGUGGAGGGGUAAAAAGGGAAAUAGGGAGGAAGGGGUAAGGAUUGAAAGGAGGAAUGAUGAAGUGGGGGUGGAAUUGGGAGGGAAAAUAACUAAUUACUCAGGGGGCAGUAAGAGAGUGGAGGAAGGGAUUGAAGAAAUCAGUGAACACACACAGAAGAGAAUAAAGGGAGACCUGACGUAUGGUGUGAGGCAUUCAAGAAGCAGUUUGGUGGCUGAGCAGUCAGAGUCAUUGUUAUUAUGAGAAUAUUAGUAUCUUCAUUUACCAAUUUGUAAGGAGCUAGUCUUCAUUCCAUCUUAGUACUAUUUUUCAUUGUAAGAAGUUAGUCACAAUCUUCAAUAUGCAUCUAUUCCAUUACUUCCGGCUAUUACACUUUUGUUAUCUGUUAUCACUGUUUUGGUCUAUCAUACAAUAUAAAAAAGCAAGAUGAGUUCUUUGGCAAAUUUGCCAAGUGUCACUCUCUUAUGCAUUCUCACAAUUUCUUCUCAUUCUAUUUAUAGUAAAUUCUAUUACUUCUUUAUAUUUUAACAUUUUAUUUUUUUAGUUAUAUUUAUUUGUUAUCAUUAUUCACUUUUGAGAAUCUGAAACAUCUUCCCUUUCCUCUUCAUACACAAAGUAUUUACUGUUUGGACCAUUAAGAAAUCGAUUUUGUGCCUUGAAAACAACCAAAACCACGUUCACCAAAAUCGAUUUGGGGAAGAGGAAGAAACAAGCCGUUUCACCUCUUCUCCCUCUCCAAAUCACACCCACAUCAAAAACUUUGCCCCUCUUCUCUCUCUUUUGAUUUCUGCUUCAAGAUGACCAUACCACAAUUCUCUCCCUUAUUCUAUCUCUUUUCCGUCAACAAUAACAAUCUCUCUUCUCCCUCUGGUCUUCAAACCCAACGCGACCGAAAUUCGCCGUUAAAUGGAAAACAAAGUGAAACCCUUCUCAUCUUUCAUUGCAAUCUCUCUUUCACUCCUCAUUUUAUUCAUUCUCUCCAUCUCUCAUUAACAUAGGGUUCAAUCCCUCUUAUUCUCAAAACACAUUCUCAAAACACAUGAAAGAAGAUGCAUAGGGUUUUAGAAACCAGUUUGAUUUUGGUUAUCAAUUGUGAAAAGUUUUAGUUAUCCAGCAUUGAACCAUCAACCACUUUGCCUGAGUUCUUGCGCACUCAAACUCGAUUCAAGUGUUUCAAACUCAGUUGUGGUGAAGGUUUAGGGGCAAUCAUUUGAAGCAAAUGAAUUACUGGAGUGUCAAGGCAUAAAGAGACAUCAAGCAAUUUUGUAGUGCUUUGAAGUUUGAAGUGCAAGGCAUGAACUUCGUCAAAGGUCUUAGAUUAGACACAACUACUAAGUAGGGUUGGACACGAAAUUACCGAUUGAAUCUGAUCCAACCCGCGUGUUUUUUGAGACCUUAGUUUGGUAAUACUUCAAGAAUCAAAUGCUAUAUGAUGCAUAAGGAUUCUCAAGGAUUUAUGGAAUUGUUUUCCUCUAAUGAGAAACAUGGUUCAACAUAUUCUUCAACUGCAAUGAAGGAUUUCUAUACUUCUGCGAUGGAUGCCGCUGAUGAUUCCACUGAUGAAGAAGACUACAAGGAUAAAAUCAACCCAUUCAUACAAAAUUCUACAUAAUCAUUGACGGUGAAACCUACCGGAGGCAAAAUAAUCAUCGACGGUAUUGAUAUAUCCGCCUUAGGCAAAAUUCUGUUGUUGUAUAUCAUUAUAUUUACCAUAUAUUGUCUCCUAUUGUCUUAUUGGAAUGAAAUACCACUAUGGUCUAUUGUUAUGUAUCAUUAUAUUUACCAUAUUAAUGAAUGUCUUGGUAUUUCAAAUUAUUCUACUGCGAAGUGACUGUCUUGAGCGCCUGUUCCUAUGCAAAACCAAGGAUGACCUCCACAAAGAUGUUCGCAUGAUGGAGUUCGCCGCCGUUUUGAUAAUGUGUUACCUAUGGCUAAGGAUGCAUUUCAUACUGUUAUUUUGAGUUCAUAGUGGAACUCAUCUUGGACUUGGAGUGGUUGAUCAUAUAAGUUUCCAUCCUUUGGUUGAUGCUUCAUUGGACUGCUAGGUGUUUAGCUACUGACAUGGGUUCUAAGCUACAAGGCUUACUAUUCUUCUAAUGCUUUCGCUUUGGCUUCAAGGAAGUCUUCCCCAAGGGUGACAAAUGAGGCUAUCCAAAAGGUUGUUAGUGUUCUUCUGGAUUUUAAUUAGGUUAUUUUCAUAUUCGAUUAAUUAUAAGUUUGAUUGUGGUAAUAACGAGUUUUUUCAAGUUUUGCUACUCAACAACAGUACUACAGAGUCGCUAUUUUAGCAUUUUCUACUAAAUACCAUAUUGGAGAGCUACAGUGCUUUGUUUAAGUUUCGCUAUGUUAUAGCGCUAUAAGACACAUUUUUAUAUAAGUUUCAGGGCUGAUGGUUAUGAAUAAGAAUAUUAUUGUUCAUGGCUGCUUGCAGUGGAUCAUAGAGAAGAGUGACACAUCAUACUUUGUUUCCUUUUGAA